GCAGUCUUUCAAUAUAAACUAUCAGUAUUCAGAAGCAUUAAACUGGAUCAGCAUCAUCGGCUGUUCUCUUUCUAUAUUGGGUCUGGCUGUCACAGCAGUUUACCAAAUUGCAACCAGGAAGUCAAGGGGAUGCAGCCCGACUCUGCUUUUGGUGAACAUCUGCUUGAGCAUGAUGAUUUUCUACCUUCUCUUCAUCUUUGGCAUUAACAACCCUGUCGUACAUGCAAAAGUGGCUAAAGUUUCAGCAGAAAAUCUUGUUCCUGUGUCAGAUUAUCAUCAAUCCUCUGAUGAGGGUCCAUGUACGGCAUUUACAGCCUUGAUUCAUUACUUCUUGUUGGCCACAUUCACUUGGAAUACUCUGUAUGGAAUAAAUGUGUUCCUCAUCUUCAAAACAAACACAAUAUCUGGAACACCUCAAUGGUUUCCCAAGGUGUCCCUAGCUGUCGGCUGGGGGCUUCCCGCCAUCAUUGUUGGUAUCUCACUGGGUUUCACUUACAGAGUUGAAGAUCCUUUAGGUUAUCGACAAGAAGAGUUUUGCUGGUUGGCUUUCUUGGACCCCAAACAGAAUUUCGAUAUGAGGAAGCCAAUGUUCUGGGGAUUUCUGCUUCCUUUGGUUAUCAUGCUGUUCUUCAACAUGGCAAUAUUGCUGCAUUUCGCUCUGAACAUCUGCAAGACCAACCCUAAUUUAAACCGGUACACCUUUCAUUUUAGACAGAUACUCUUAGAAGUAAUACAUUUAUGGUAAUUAGCUUGUAUAAUCUUGUUUGUCCUGACAAACUUUUGUUGUCCAGUUCGCGUCAAACUCCUCUAAAGAAGAAGAUUCUGAGUAGUUUUUCUCUGGCUGUGAUGCUUAGUCUAUUGUGGGUCACUGGUUACAUUUUGCUUAUCACCCAUGAAACAACUCUUCACCUCAUCCUGAGCAUAGUUUUUUGUGUCUGCAACACAACACAGGUUUGAUAAUUAAGUUUUUCAAACCAUUUUCCUUUUGUCUC